AGAUGCUGUGGGUGCUGCGAAAUCCACAAAAGCCGCGAUUGUUUCACUUAUCACCUCGGUGAGAGUCAACAAAAGAUAACAGACUCUGGCCACGCUGAACACUAAAGCCGAGAGACACGGCACAUUGGGGGACAGUCGUUCUAUGACAGCCGCUGAUUCCGUCCAUGAUGGGUUCUGAACAAUGGGAGAACAAUGAGGAGAUUAACAUUUUCCGCGAGUACUUGCGGAUUCCUUCAGUUCAUCCAGAUGUGGAUUAUACUGCCUGUGUAGACUUCCUGAGGCGCCAGGCCUCUUCUUUGCACCUGCCCAUGGAAGUGGUUCAUCCAGUGAUGGUCUCGAAGCCUGUUGUAGUUAUAAAAUGGCUGGGCAAGAGUCCGGAUCUUCCCUCAAUCAUUUUGAACUCUCACAUGGAUGUGGUACCCGUCUUUAAAGAGAAUUGGACCCACGAUCCUUUUGCUGCCGAAAUGGAUGAUGAAGGUAGAAUUUUUGCACGAGGGACACAGGACAUGAAGUCCGUGGGCUGCCAGUACUUGGCUGCCAUUCGAUCGCUCAAGGCCUCUGGAUAUAAGCCAAAUAGAACGGUCUACCUCACCUAUGUCCCGGAUGAGGAAACUGGCGGAGAGUGUGGAUUGGCCGCGCUGGUGAAGGGAGAGUACUUCAAAAGCUUGAACGUUGGAUUCAGCCUGGAUGAGGGCAUGGCCAGCGAGGACAACUCCUAUCCCAUCUUCUAUGCCGAACGAACCGCGUGGCAUCUCCGGCUGAAGUUCAGUGGCACUGCAGGACAUGGAUCCCUUUUGCUGGAAAACACAGCUGGUGAAAAGUUUAAUUACGUGAUCGACAAGUUGAUGAAGUUCCGGCAGACUCAGAGCCAAAAGUUGGCGGAAAACCCCUCUUUGGACGUUGGAGAUGUGACUUCUGUGAAUCUAACCCAGAUCAAAGGCGGCGUUCAAAGCAAUGUGGUGCCACCUGUCCUAGAAGCACUCUUCGAUAUCCGUAUAGGUAUUACGCAGGAUGUGGAUAAGCUGGAGCAGCAGAUACGCGAUUGGUGCGAGGAGGCCGGUGGCGGAGUGGAGCUUCAUUUUGAACUAAAGUGUCCUUUCAUAGAACCCACCAAGAUCGAUGACUCUAACCCGUAUUGGCUGGCGUUUAAAGAAAGCCUUGAUGACAUGGGCCUCCAAACCCAUGUACGGGUCUUCCCCGGUGCCACCGAUAGCUGCUAUUUAAGAGAGGUCGGCAUUCCGGCUCUGGGGUUUUCCCCCAUCAACAAUACUCCGGUGCUGCUCCACAACCAUGAUGAAUACCUGGGAGCCGAGACCUAUUUGCACGGCAUUCAGGUGUACAGGAAGCUUAUUCCAGCUCUGGCUGAUUCAUAAAAUAUUUUAUGUGAAGUGCCACCCACUUUUAUUUUCGGCUUUCAUAUCAAUAAACAGCUGAAUCAAACAUUAAAAUUAAA